GUCAGUGAUACCUUUUACAGCUAAAUUUACUCAGGAGUGACAGAAGCAGGUGCACCUUGGCCUGCCAGACACUUGUGCACACACAUCACACAGCCUACAGGUCAACAUCCAAAGGAGAAAAAGCCUGGGUCUCCAGAGCAGAGGGUGAGUGAGGCAAACACAGCCCAAGCUGGGGGGCUUCUCUUCAAAGCCAGCUGGUCUGGCUUUAUUCUACUGGGAUUUUUUUACCUGAUUUUUUUGAUCAACUAAGCCCUCAGCAGGUGCUGACGGGUACAACUUCCUGGAGAAGCAGAAGAAGGACGCUGGUGCCGAACACGAAUUGUAAACUGUGAAGUAACUACCAUGGGACAGAUUAAGUAAAGCAUUGGAGGCGGAUGAUUUUGACAAUAAAGAGGGUGUAUGUGCUUCCCGUGGCCGGGAUCUGCUCGAGGAGGCGAUCGGGCCCGGAUCUGGCCGCUGCUCAUCGCGGGGAAAGCACCGCUGAGCUGGCGCUGCGCCGGAGCAGUUCCCCAUGACUCGGGACGCGGAGCCGGAUGAGUUGGGAAAGUUGGGCUGCUCAACAGGCUCAGCUCGGGAGGAGAGAGUCAUUCGUUUGGGAUUGUGGGAGAGGUAGAGAAAUAGAGAAAUGGAGAAAGAGAAGAAAAAGGAGGAAGAGCGACAAGCAGAAAAGGACACCUCAUCGGGAGUGUAGUUUGAAUCCCUUUCUCGCCUCCUCCUUCCCCUUCGCGAUGUUCCAAAGGCUGUGAGCUAUUCGCCUUUUCCCAUUAGCCUGCUGCUACUUCCUUCCUGGACGAUCUCAGGACGAGUCCGGUUACUUUUAAUCCGACCAGCAGCUCAGCCACUUUCUCCUCCUCCACGCAACACACACGCGCACCACACACACACACGCGCGCGCGCGCGCUCACACAUCCCAGGCAUCUUCUGCCUGCUUAUUGGAUUGACUUUGAAGGCUGUGUGUGUGAUUCAAGGCGGCUGCAUGUUGAACCAGCUGGUGAAUAUUUAAAACUGGAAGAAGUAAAGGGAUUUUUUUCUUUUUCCUAUGAAAGGAAAAUAUCUGAAGGACUAGUCUGAUCAGCCAAACAGCUAACUGUUUACAAUGGCAUGGAGAUAGUACCACCUGUGAACCACUACUCCAGCACCUCUGUAUUGCACACAUACUAAUUUUCAGUUCAAAUGUUUGCUUUUGAACAGAUACAUACUAUGCUUAAUGAAGCUCUGAAAUCUAGGAUUGGAGUUAGAAACAUGAAGAGAUGAUUGAAUAUGAGAACAGUGAGCAUGUUUUCCGCUCUCUUUUUCCAGACUCAUUAGAAACAAAGAUACCAUUUGAAUAGAACAUUUCAAAAGAAGAUCUUCUUAUCUUCUCUUCUGGACCACCCUGGGAAGAAUGUAUAAAGAUGUACCACUUCUUUGAUCAAGGGCAUUAUAAGCAGACUUAAGCAGUUUUCUAAGUCCCUCUUGGGUGUACGUGUGUGCUUGCCAUUCACAUACCCUGAAAUGAAAUGGAAUGUGAAGUUUACAGGCCAAUUCAACACAUGUAAAUACAAGAAAAUCUCAGUUUGUCCAAGCAUGAGGAAAUCAAAUGUUGAUUCCACUGCUUGCGUGAGGGAGUUGAAGCAGAUGAUCUCCAGAGGCCCUUUCCAACCUUAAGUAUUCUGGGAUUCUGGAAGAAGCCAACAAUUUUGUGGUGCAGGCUGUCAGAGUAAUGAUAAAAUGUUGACAUUUAAGCAGGAACAGAUGCAGGGGACUGUGAACUGAGUGGUGCAAGUGCUGAAGAAGGAGGUUUGUUUUGAGGAAACAGGAAAGAGGAAUAAAAGAGAAGGGAAAAAUACGUAAUUUUAAGGAAGAAGGAGAGGAAAAAAAACGGGGACUAUGGGGAGAAAAAAGAUUCAGAUUACAAGGAUUAUGGAUGAACGUAACAGACAGGUGACUUUUACGAAGAGGAAAUUUGGGUUAAUGAAGAAGGCUUAUGAGCUUAGUGUUCUGUGUGACUGUGAGAUUGCUCUUAUUAUCUUCAACAGCACCAACAAACUCUUCCAGUAUGCCAGCACUGAUAUGGACAAAGUGUUGCUGAAAUACACGGAGUAUAAUGAGCCACAUGAGAGCCGAACAAAUUCAGAUAUUGUUGAGACAUUAAGAAAGAAAGGACUUAAUGGCUGUGACAGUCCAGACCCUGAUGCAGAUGAUUCAGUAGGUCACAGCUCUGAGUCUGAGGACAAGUACAGAAAACUUAACGAAGAUAUUGAUCUAAUGAUCAGCAGACAAAGAUUAUGUGCUGUUCCACCACCAAACUUUGAGAUGCCAGUUUCUAUUCCAGUGUCCAACCACAACAGUUUGGUAUACAGUAAUCCAGCCAGCUCACUGGGUAACCCCAACCUUUUACCACUGGCUCAUCCUUCUUUGCAAAGGAAUAGCAUGUCUCCUGGUGUAACACAUCGGCCUCCAAGCGCAGGUAACACAGGCAGCCUGAUGGGUGGGGACCUCACAACCGGUGCAGGCACCAGUGCAGGAAAUGGAUAUGGAAACCCCCGCAACUCACCAGGUCUGCUGGUCUCACCUGGCAACUUGAACAAGAAUAUGCAAACAAAAUCUCCACCUCCAAUGAAUUUGGGAAUGAACAACCGUAAACCAGACCUCCGUGUGCUUAUUCCACCGGGCAGCAAGAGUACCAUUCCAUCAGUGUCUGAGGAUGUUGAUCUGCUUCUGAAUCAAAGGAUAAAUAACUCCCAGUCUGCUCAGUCAUUGGCUACUCCAGUGGUUUCCGUAGCAACUCCUACUCUACCAGGGCAAGGCAUGGGAGGAUACCCAUCAGCCAUCUCAACGACAUAUGGUACUGAAUAUUCUCUGAGUAGUGCAGAUAUAUCAUCUCUCUCUGGUUUUAAUACAGCCAGUGCUCUUCAUCUUGGUUCUGUGACUGGCUGGCAGCAGCAACACUUACAUAACAUGCCACCAUCUGCCCUCAGCCAAUUGGGAGCUUGCACUAGCACUCAUUUAUCUCAGAGUACAAAUCUCUCCCUGCCUUCUACUCAAAGCCUCAACAUCAAGUCAGAACCUGUUUCUCCUCCUAGAGAUCGUACCACCACACCAUCGAGAUACCAACAGCACACACGCCAUGAGGCGGGGAGAUCUCCUGUUGACAGUUUGAGCAGCUGUAGCAGUUCCUAUGAUGGAAGUGACCGAGAAGAUCACCGGAAUGAAUUCCACUCACCCAUUGGACUCACCAGACCUUCGCCGGACGAAAGGGAAAGCCCCUCUGUCAAGCGCAUCCGGCUCUCUGAAGGAUGGGCAACAUGAUAACAUUAUGACCUAUUAGUUAGGAUUUUUUUUCUUGCAGUGUGUGUGUGCUAUACCUUAAUGGGAGGGGGGAGGGGGGAAGGGUUGAUAUGCAUUAUAUGUGCCGUGUGUGAAAAAAAAGUCAGGUACUCUGUUUGGUAAAAGUACUUUUAACUUGCCUCAGUGAUGCAGUAUAAGGAUAAAUAGAAAUGCUGAGAUAAGCUUAGCACUUGAGUUGUACAACAGAACACUUGUGCAAAAUAGAUUUUAAGGCUAACUUCUUUUCACUGUUGUGCUCCCUUGCAAAAUGUACGUUACGAUAGUGUCAUGUUGCGGGUUCAACGUUAUUUACAUGUAAAUAGACAAAAUGAAAACAUUUGCCAGAAAUGGCAGAUCUUUACUGAGAGAGAAAGCAGCUGUUAUGCAACAAUGUACAGAUGUUUUGACAGAUCCAGCCAUUGGGUGGCCAUGAAUUGAUGCUAGAAAGAGACUGAGUCACCUAACAUACUGAAAAUGCUCACAAACAUGCAGGCAUUUUGUUAGAGUAUGGCACUCAGUUAAAAAGGAUCAAACCAUUUCAAGAGGACCAUACUUACAGAAAUGUUGAGUUCGAGGGCUGACAUAUUUAAUUUCAAAAAUUCUGGGUCUGCAUCACUUAUUAAAUAAAAAAGUAUUAAAAUAUGUACAUUACAUUUUGCUUAUUUUCAUAUUAAAAAGUAAGACAGAUUUUGCAAAGCAUUUGUGGCUUUUGUAGUUUCCUUAAGCCAAAAUUUGUUCUUUUUUCCUUGAUAGCUUUGUUAAGCUUUUAAGCAGUCCUGAAGAAACAAACAAAAACGACUUUCUGUAUAGAAAGCACUACUCUAAGCCUUGAGGAACUCCAUGCUUUGCUAAUCAAAAUAACUGUUUUCUCUUUGCAGAAGUUUUGUUUUUGAAAUGUGUAUUUCUAAUUAUAUAAAAUAUUAAGAAUCUUUUAAAAAAACAGUGAAAUUAACAUGCUUGUGUAUAGCUUUCUAAUAUAUAUAAUAAUUAUGGUAAUAGUUUUUGUUCUCUUGAUAGUGGGGAAUUAUAUUUGUGCAGUUGCACAUUUAACUAUUUUCUGUCAGUUUUCUUUUAGUGGGUACACAUUUUACAGAUCAAAGUCAGCUGCUGAAAGACUGAUCUGUAAACAAUUAGACUUUACCCAUAGUGUAACAACUUUUAAAUCAUUUUAAUACAGCAUUUUACAAUCAGUUGGGUGAACUGCCAUCCAUUGUAUAUACUGAUUAGUUCUUUCAUGCUGUUUUGUGCAUUGUAACAAAUUAAUGGCCCUUCUAUUAUGUAACAUCCUGCGUAUCUUGUAGUUUUCCAUGGGUUAAAUGACAAAGUGGCGUAACUUGGCCCUUUCUCAUUAAUGAAGCUGGUAUUCUGCCUGUCUUAAUUGAAUAUGCAGCUCCAACGGCUGUAAACUACGUGAGUGCAGGUAAAUAUGUGCCGAAGCAGCAGGGGGAGGCAAAGGGAGGGAUCAGCACACAAGUGCCUGUUGUAUAGAUUCCUCCCCCCUCUCACAGACACAAAACUCUUAAAGAGUUUUUAAAGAGAUUGUCAGUUCAAGGAUGGUUCAAAAUCAGUCGAUUUUACACAGGCAAUACUGGCCAACUAGUCCUUGACUCUCAUGGACCUCUGCAGUCACAUCAUCUCACAGUCGGCAUGUUGUUGAGCAAUGCUCCCUGUGUGUUUACACCAGAGUAGGACUUGCUUCAGCACACACCAUCCACAUUUUCUCCAGCCUCAUAUUGUUGCUUUGACUGAGAUAGCUUGACCAGAGGGAAUGUGUCAUUUUCUUUAAGUCCCUCUUUGUCCCUCUUGUCUAUUAGAAAAAAAUGGUAUAUUCAAGUGUUUCAGUUUAAUUUUUCUGUUGGAGGGAAAAGUGUUUAAGCAAAAUGUUAGUGCCACAGUAAAGGAGCAAUAUUUCUCCUUUUUUCAAGAGUCCUUCUAGGUCUCAACUACAUACAUUGACAUUAUGAUGAAAAAUACAGCUGCAACUGCAAAACAUCAACACAAAGUACUUUGAAGUGAAAUCCACACUCUUUCCACCUAUACAUGCAGUUGCUUUGCACCUCUCAAUGAAGGAGUGUACCUCUCUGUAGUAGAAAAUGAUGAUCAGACUACAGUGUGCAUUAGGACAUAGGCUCUUCACUUAACAUGACUUUACAGAAGCCUGCCUUACAGGCACUUUCAGCCAUGUAGGGGCUAGAACGUAAUCUGGAAACCCUUUAAGCAGAAUACUGUGCUACUAAUGCAUCCAUCUUACCUUGUGUAGCAAACUGCAGGGUAAACAAAGAUACGCAUGUUUUAAAAAACCCCCAAAAAUUUAAAAACUCAAAAAAAAAAAAAAAAGGUAAAAUGGGGCCCAUAAUUAAUUUUAAAACACAAAAACUGCUUUCUUCACCCUCAGAUUAACCUGUACUCAUAUUCUCUUUUGAGAAUUUUAAACUUUAGUGUGUCAAAAAUAUGCAAAUGAAUCACAAAUAUACCUUGUCAUUUUAAUAAAAAAUACAAUUUUAUUGGUAUAGUAGUAGAAAUUUCUCAGUGGGGAAGGGGAUUUGGUCUAUUGAUAUAUUAAGAAUAGCCAUAUUAAUAGUUUACCUUGUGAUUUGCCUCAGCAACACAUGAAAAAAAAUGGAAGAUAUCGUUUAAUGAAGAUGCAGUGUAUAAUAUUACUGCAAGUAACUAAGCAGAAAGUAGCAUGAAAAGUAUUGCCUGGGCAAUUUAUAUUAACUCUGACAGUGAUCUUUUGUAUAAACACAAGUAGAACUGAAUCACCUGAAAAUAAAUGCCAGUCAGCCCUCUUGCUCCUGAUGCAAAAGGCAACUAACUUAUACUGGCAAAAUUGUGGGGGAUAAUGCAUAUUUGCAAACUGAUCUAAUGAUAAGAAGCACAACUUUGAUUGUGAAGACACUUUCUGUAAACUAUAACUGUCUACCUUUCUUGUUCCUUUAUCUGUAUCUUACCAUUUACUGUAUUUGCAAAAGCUAAUUUGGGUUUAUUGUGUGAUUCCUUUGUAUUUAAGGAGCUUAGGGCAGAGCCCUGAAAGAGUAUUAACAUUUACUUUACCUAAACCCAUGUUAUAUGAUAUUUUAGGCAACAUUCUUAAUUGUAAGUUCAAACACCUGAAGUGGCAUUCUAGACACAUGCAAGUAUUGUUAUAGCUAAGCUAAUUUCUAUUAAAAGGUGUUGUCAGUUAGUGUUUAAUUGCUGGUGACAAUUAUAUGAUAUACUCUAUCUGCACAACAUAUAUAUUGUAUGCAUUGAGCCAUUCACAGUAAAGCUUUGUUCAUUUCAGUGUCUCUCAAAAAUUGUGUUUUGUAACAAAAUGGCUUAUAUUUUUCCCAGAAAGGAAUUUAGCAAUUUUUAAUGACUAGUGUAAAAAUUAGCUGUUGUUCUCAGAUCUUUUUCAGGUUAAGCUAGUAUAAGAAUAGAACUCAUAGGCUGUUUUCAAGGAUGUCAACCCUUUUGUAUUGUAUUUGCAAUCCUAUAUACCCACUUUCAUCUGUAGUCUAACAGCUGUUUGUUUUCCUUCUUCCUUCACCUUGAAGGUAAAUGCUUCGUAAUUUUUUAAAAGCCACUUAAAUCAUCAAUAAAGGCUGUUGCCUAAACAUGGCAUACUUCAUCUGUUCCCGUUUGUGCCACCUGCUGUGAUGUCGUCAGUUAUAUGGCAUUCAUUUCCUGCCACUACAGGUCUCUUGAAGGACUGAUGGAACACUGGUGUCUGUUAGAAUGCUUCAGACUGUAGAUGUAAUAAAAGGCUUUUGUUUAUAUAUUUUAACCAAAGAUGUGGAGCAAUCCAAGCUUUGAGUCACAGGUUUUCUGCAUCAAAAGUAUCCAUUUGAUUAUUUUCAUAGUCACAUGUUGCAUUUCUACCUUCCCUUCUCAUACCUCAGACUGAUCCAUACCUCUAUUUGAUUCAAAAAAAUGCUCGUUUAAGAAAAUAAUUUUUAAAAAAAUUAAAAUUUAAAAAUGCAAUACUAAAGUCUUUUGUGUAUUUAAUAUCAGACCUGGGUUACUGCAGACAUUACACUUGGAUUGCUUCAGAUGGUUUGUUGUAUCCUUUUUUUUUUUUUUUCUUCUCUUUCAUGGGGAUUUGCUUCCAUAAAAUAAUGGUGAUAACAAAAUAGCUUGUAAAUGGGAGCAUACAAGCAUUUGCAACAAAUAUUAAAGUAGAGGCUCACAGCGGCAUAAGCUGGACUUUGUCGCCACUAGAUGACAAGAUGUUAUAACUAAGUUAAACUGCAUCUGUGUAUCUCAAGGGACUUAAUUCAGCUGUCUGUAGUGAACAAAAAUGGGAAAAUUUCAAAAUAUUCUCCUGCUGGAAAUAAGGUAUCAUUUGUAUUUUGCAGACAAAUCAGUAAAGUUACUGGCUUUCUUAGUGA